AGAAAACCGUAUUAGUUCCGGUCUAAACAUAGUUUUAGACCAAUUGUUUUCCAACUACCUUGUUUAUUUCCGACUUGCGAAAAAUUGAUCUCGCUGAGGAACAGAGAAGUCAGAAGAGGCAGGACUUAGCCAAAGUGGUAAAAUAGUAAAGGGAAAAAGCUCGUUGUAAUCGCUGCAAAAAUGAACGUUGGCCCAUCUGGUUUCAACAAUGCGCCAGUGACAAGGGCAUUAGUAAUUGCGUGUACCCUCUUCACCAUCAUAUUUGGUACCCAAGGCCGUGCAAAUCAGCUGGGUUGGUCUUAUCAGGAUAUUUUCCAGAAGCUUCAAAUCUGGAAGCUGAUCAUAUCUGUUUUUACCUUUUCAUCUACUCCUGAACUAUUAUUUGGAUUAUAUCUGCUAUACUACUUCCGUGUCUUUGAGAGGCAAAUCGGUUCGAACAAAUAUUCUGUUUUCCUGCUGUUCUCUUUUGUACUCUCUUUAUUGCUCGCGGUUCUUGCUCUACAACUUAUUAAAGAUCCUUCCUUGAGUACACUGUCUGGGCCCUACGGACUAAUUUUUUCAUCCUUUGUGCCGUUUUAUCUCGACAUCCCGGUUUCUACCCGGUUCCGCAUAUUCAGUCUACACUUCUCUGACAAGGCUUUCAUUUAUUUAGCUGGUCUCCAGCUUCUUUUCUCAUCCUGGAAAAGAUCUAUUAUACCCGGGCUCUGUGGAAUAAUUGCAGGUUGCUUGUAUCGUUUGAACAUUUUCCGUAUUAGGAGAGUGAAGUUCCCAGAAUUUAUUACAUCCUUCUUUGCUCGACUUUCUUGGCCAUCGAUGGGUAACGUGCCACCACCUUCAGCGCCAGCAAGGAACUCUCCAGGAAAUGUACCAUCCUUUGCAGGUCGCCAGAUGGAGAGAAACUAUCCUGCUCCAGCCCCGUCCACCGUAGAGCCACCAGAAGACACUAUAGCGAUGCUGAUGUCAAUGGGCUUUGAUAGGAACGCGGCAAGGCAGGCACUCAUCCAUGCUGGAAAUGAUGUUAAUACAGCCACAAAUAUCCUUCUUGAGUCGCAAUCGCACUGAAAUAGAAAUCAGAUCUUUUUCUAGGGGGAAUGAAGCCCCAGAUGUUAGGUGUACACCAGUUUCUAGAGGGUGUUAAAACAACAUUUGGUAUUUUCUGGAAAAGUUGGAUUACACUCGUCCUACCGAUCUUUCAAACUGCUCUUAGUUUUGUAGUUUCUUCUGUUUCUUUAGCAAUUCAUGCACUUGUCUCAUUCCAAAACCACCCUAGGUGAUUAUAAUCCCAAAAUCAGCAUAUACAGGGUUCAAAUCAUUUUGAGAGAUUAGGUCAUGUAUAUUUGCAGUGGACUGAGGUCUUGCUCGUAUUCUGGUGAUUGUAAAUCUGACCAAAUUACUCCUAUAGGUUGACAAUAGUUUCUUGAUUUUUUCAAAUCCUGAAAUCUCCUCUUUUUCGUUUU